CGGAAAUACUACAAAUCCGCACAACAGCGCAGAGAACACACAUCGUCGAUACAAUCUAUCCGAGGAACACCGACUACAGGCAAACCAUCCGGACGCCAUGGUUGGAUCAAACCGCGGAGCCAAGGUCUUCCGCGCCCACCUCGACGAUGUCGAAAACCUGAGCUACGGAAAGGGAGCUAAAAAGCAACGGGGAACGGGAUCCCGCUUCACAUGCCACCGGCUGAACCGAGAGGAGCGGCAGAUUUUUGAUCGGGCGAAGCGAGACGGAUAUCUCGCCGUGCGGGGGAACGGGUACCGGAAGGAACGCAAGGGAAGCCCGGUCUGGAACACGCACCGGCAGCGGUGCGACGCCCUCAAAGAGCCGUGCGUGGUAGUCGAGAAACGCUCCGAUUCCGACCGGGUCGUCGUAGACCUUUCGACGCUGCGCGUCCCGGACGACGCCAAACUCGUGGAGUUCCUCCUGGAAGAGGUCUUCAAGCCAAACUACCCGGAAUUCUUCGAGGCAAUUCUUCUUGCCGGAAUGUCAAGACUCGGCGGUGAUCGGAAGGGCGGACAAAGCAGCUGCGAGGAAAGCGACGGCCACGAGGGUUCGGUAUCCCUUCCAAAGGCGGACAACACAACCCACCGGCCGAUCGACUGGGAAACGGUGGCAACGAAGCCCAUCUGGGGUGUGGAUGAGCGACUGAUCGCGGUGUCUUGUGACCGAGACACGGCGAAAUCGAUCGCCAGGGACGUCCUGGGCCGGUGCGGAUCCGUCCGCUUUGCGAUGCUUCUGGCGGACGCGGAAAACACACCCGUCGAAAUAACCACCGAAAACAUUCCGGCCGAAGGGGACCCAACACCGACGGUGGUGUCAACGCAACGAGAGGAGGAAUGGUUGGAAGUUCCAACGGAGACAAUGCUUUGUGGGGUGGGGUGCGACGACAAGAAGCAACGACGACGAAUACCAGAAUCCCUUGGGAAAACGUCGUGCAAUCACGCGGACCAAAUCAAUGCCACUGAAUCUGUGGACACAGAUUGUAUUGAUUGGAACGAUAUCUGAGGGAUUCGGUCCGGGCAAUUCAAAUUCUAGAAUAGCAGGGGAGAGUCACAAGGAAAGGACGAUGGUUUCCAAAUACGUCUGAAGAAAAGUUUUUGAUCAAAGCAGGAGGAGCAGGAGGUCCAUACGAGAUUAACCUCUCAUUUGCAUGCCAAAUAACCUGCAUCAAUUAUU